GUGGGUAAAUCGGUAAAUCCAAAACAGCGCAACCACCACGUGUCGCUUCAUCAGCUCAUUGGCUGCUCAAGAAUCAAGCAAUCCCGCUUCCAAUACCAUCCCAUCCCCCAUUCAACACGAAAACCAUCUUCUACUUGUUUCCAACGGAUUCCCUUCAUUUUCUCGCUCGAGAAAAAUGUCGAGAAACGGCGACGUAGAGCAAGAGAACGCUCCCACAGCUGAAUCGAGCACGAGAACAAGACGCAGAGGAGACCCUUUCUUGAUAGCAUGCAAGGGCUUCAGCUUAGUCACCUCUUUGGCUGCCAUUCUCUGCAUCGUCGCUAACGCCCUCUCCGCUGUGCUUUCCUUCAAACACGGAUCAGAUUUUUUCGAUGGAAUUUUUCGGUGUUACGCCGUGCUCAUAGCGUGCUUUGUGGUCCUGGCUGAAACCGAAUGGAGUUUCAUCAUGAGGUUCUCCAAGGUUUUGGAGUAUUGGGCUGGUAGGGGUAUGCUGCAGAUUUUUGUUGCAGUCAUGACAAGGGCUUUCCCUGACUAUUUUGGGGAGCGAAGGGAUCUUGUUCUUUUUCAGAGCAUAGCGAGUUAUUUGCUUCUUGCAUGUGGUCUGAUUUAUGUUGUUUCGGGAGCCCUAUGCAUUGGUUUUCUGAAACGCGCUCGCCAGAAGCAGGAGAUCUCAAGAGAGCAAGCAGCAAAGGAUUUAGAGGAGUUGGAACGGCGCAAAGAGGAACUUGAACAACUGCUCCUUGCAGAAAGGGUGUAGUCUGAAAUUGAGUCAAAGUAAAGAUACCUGUGCCGCAGACUAAUCAAUCUUCAUUUUUGUUAUUGUUGUUGCUGACAGAUGAAUUGUUUUUGUUCAUUAUAACAAUUGGAUUAUGUUCGUGAAGUGCGGGUUACUAAUCUUUUCUAUUGUGUGUAAAUAUGUAAAGUAACAUGUAUAUUUUUGUUUCAACUUCCAACUUCUAUUCAUAAGCUUUAAUCCAAUGUUAACUGACGUUAGAUAAUAAA